CCAUUCGUCCAACAGAUGUCAGGUUUGUCCUUCAGAUGUGGCUUAGCUCGGCCGGGUUUGAGAGGAGGAUGCUGUUUGGAGGAAAACCAGCUCUGGGACGCGGUCGGGACUAGCUCUGCUUAUUUGGAUGGAAAAAUGGCCACCGGUAGUGAGAGGCAGUGGGCACCUUUGGAUUAAAGCGUUGUUUUGAAACAUAUGGAUGUACACGGAGGGCCCCGCGUCGACAAAGACAACGCAUUUGCGGAUAUUAACGGCUUUGUGAUCGACGCAUUUUGUAAAUGCUGCUUACAGUACUGCCUUUGCCUUGACAAAGCCGUUCAAGAUGAACAUGGUGAAGAGGAUAAUGGGGCGGCCGAGGCAGGAGGAGUGCAGCCCCCAGGACAACGCGCUGGGACUGAUGCACCUGCGACGCCUGUUCUCCGAACUGUGUCACCCUCCUCGCCACAUGACCCAGAAGGAGCAGGAGGAGAAGCUCUACAUGAUGCUUCCCGUAUUUAACAGGGUGUUCGGGAACGCUCCGCCCAGCACCAUGACGGAGAAGUUCUCAGACCUGCUGCAGUUCACCACCCAGGUCUCACGACUCAUGGUGACCGAGAUCAGACGAAGAGCCUCUAAUAAAUCCACAGAGGCAGCCAGUCGAGCCAUAGUCCAGUUCCUGGAGGUGAACCAGAGUGAGGAGGCCAGUCGCGGCUGGAUGCUUCUGACCACCAUCAACCUGUUGGCCUCCUCCGGGCAGAAAACGGUGGACUGCAUGACGACCAUGUCUGUACCCUCUACGCUGGUCAAAUGCCUCUACCUGUUCUUCGACCUGCCCCACAUGGCCGAAGCCCCCGCGGGCCCCACCCAGCCUCCUCCACCACCGCCGCCGCCAACACCGCCCACCCAGGACAAGACCCCAGGCCAGGGCCACACCCAGCCAGAGCUGCCCCUCGCUGACCGCAGAGUGCUGCUGCAGAAAGUCUUUGUCCAGAUCCUGGUGAAGCUCUGUACCUUCGUGUCUCCGGCGGAGGAGCUGGCCCAAAAGGACGACCUCCAGCUGUUGUUCAGUGCCAUCACUUCCUGGUGCCCCCCUCACAACCUGCCCUGGAGGAGGAGCGCCGGGGAGGUGCUCACCACCAUAUCCAGACACGGCCUCAGCGUCAACGUGGUCAAAUACAUACACGAGAAAGAAUGCCUGUCCACAUGCGUUCAGAACAUGCAGCAAUCCGACGAUCUGUCCCCGUUGGAGAUCGUGGAGAUGUUCGCCGGCCUCUCUUGCUUCCUCAAGGACUCCAGCGACGUGUCACAGACCCUGCUGGAUGAUUUCCGAAUGUGCCAGGGCUACGCCUUCCUCUGCGACCUCAUGCUCAGACUGGAACAGGCCAAGGAGGACGAAUCGAAAGACGCGCUGAAGGACCUGGUCAACCUGGUCACCUGUCUGACCACGUACGGGGUGACGGAGCUGAAACCGGCCGGCCUGACGACCGGAGCGCCCUUCUUGCUGCCUGGAUUCGUUCUCCCGCAGCCUUCCGGCAAAGGCCACACAGUGCGUAACAUCCAGGCCUUCUCUGUGCUCCAGAACGCCUUCCUGCGGGCGAAAACAAGCCGCCUGGCCUGCAUGCUACUCGACGCCAUCGGAAACAUCUACGCCGCAGAGCCAGCCAACUACUUCAUCCUGGAGUCGCAGCACACCCUCUCACAGUUUGCCGAGCGCGUUGCCAAGCUCCCCGAGGCCCAGACGAAGUACUUCGAGCUGCUGGAGUUCGUCGUCUUCAGCCUCAACUACGUGCCGUGCAAAGAGCUGUUCAGCGUGAGCGUGCUGCUCAAAUCCAGCACGUCGCACGCCUGCAGCAUCACGGCCGUCCGCACGCUGCUGAAGCUCGCCAGGCACGACCCGGUGUUCAGCGACGUGCUGCGGGAGGUCGGCCUCCUGGAGGUGCUGGUAAACCUGCUGCACAAGUACGCCGCCUUGCUGAAAGACCCGACGUCGCAGCAGCCGCACAAUAAUGACCAAGCUGACUGUAAGAACAGCACAGUUGCAGAGGAGCAGAAGCAGUUGGCCUGGCUGGUGAUGGAGACGCUGACUGUGCUCCUGCAGGGCUCCAACACCACUAACACUAAUGCAGCCCUCUUCAGGGAGUUCGGUGGCGCUCGUUGCGUUCACAACAUCGUCAAGUACCGUCAGUGUCGGGAACACGCCCUGCUCAUCAUCCAGCAGCUCGUCCUGUCGCCCAGCGGAGACGACGAUAUGGGAACUCUGCUCGGCCUCAUGCACUCGGCGCCGUCCAGCGAACUACAGCUGAAGACCGACAUACUGCGGGCCUUGUUGGCGGUAUUGCGUGAGAGUCACCGCACCCGGACGGUAUUCCGUAAGGUGGGCGGCUUCGUCUACGUCACCUCGCUGCUGGUUGCCAUGGAGCGUUCGCUGUGCCAGCCGCCGCGUCACGGCUGGGAGCGCGUCAACCAGAACCAAGUGUUCGAGCUCCUGCACACCGUCUUCUGCACGCUCACCGCCGCGAUGCGCUACGAGCCCGCCAAUUCACACUUCUUCCGCACGGAGAUCCAGUACGAGAAGCUGGCUGACGCUGUAAGGCUGCUGGGGUGUUUCUCAGACACUAAGAAGCUCGGUGCCACAGGCGUGUUCCCCUCCAACUCUCAGCCUUUCCAGAGGCUGCUGGAAGACGAGGCCGCACCUGGAGGCUGUGCAGGAGAAAGCGUCUGUCCCACGCUCAAACACUGCAGCAAGCUCUUCAUUUACCUGUACAAGAUGGCCACGGACUCUUUUGACAGACAUGGCUACUACGGGACGUCGGGACCCCCCGCCCCAGUCAAAGCCCUUACAGACCUGAAGCUCCACUUAGCCAACCCCUCCUCCCAUCCUGCUUCCUCUUCGUCUUCGUCUGACAUGGUUGUCAUUCACCCGGGGGCCGUCCUGGCCAUGCUGGACCUGCUGCCCUCCGUCUCCUCCGACAGCCAGCCGGAGCAUGCCCUCGACCUACAGCUGGCAGUGGCCAACAUCCUCCAGCUCCUAGUGAACAGUGAGAGGAACCAGCAGGUCUUGUGCGAAGCCUGCCUCCAUCAGCGGCUGUUGCAGCGCUGCAGUCAGGCCCUGGGUGAUGAAGAUCACCCGCUACACCCCCCGCUGCAGAGGAUGUUUGAGAGGCUGGCCUCGCAGGCCCUGCAGCCGAUGGCCCUCAGGGAGUUCUUGCGUCUGGGAAACCCUCUGAACUGUGGCGCGUGGGAUAAGAAGCUACUGAAGCAGUACCGGGUCCACAAACCGAGCUCUCUCAGCUACGACGCGGAGAUGAGAAGCUUCACAGACAGUAUGACCAUGUCCAUGGAGGGCUUCGGUCCCGACAGCGUCUUCGCCACGCCGGCGGAGGACAACGGCCAGUACCGCAUCAGCCGCAGCCUCGUGCGCUCCGCCGAGGGCAGCACCGUACCCCUCACCCGAGUCAAGUGCCUGGUGUCCAUGACGACGCCCCAUGACAUCCGUCUGCACGGAUCGGCCGUCACGCCCGCCUUCGUGGAGUUUGACACCUCGCUGGAAGGCUUCGGGUGUCUGUUUCUACCCAGCCUGGCGCCCCACAACGCUCCCACCAACAACACCAACGCCUCCGGUGUCAGCGACGGAGCAGUGCUGAGCGGGAUGGGUACAGGGGAGCGCUUGUUUCCUCCUCCAUCAGGCCUGAGCUACUCCACCUGGUUCUGCGUGGAGCGUUUCAGCUCGGCUUCUCAGGCUCACCCGGUGCGUCUGUUGACGGUGGUCCGUCGGGCCACCUCCUCCGAGCAGCACUACGUCUGCCUGGCUGUGGUGCUGUCGGCCAAAGACCGCUCGCUCACCGUCUCCACCAAGGAGGAGCUGCUGCAGACCUACUCAGCGGACGAGUCGAGUGAAGAAGCCUCCUUCUAUGAGAUCCUGCCCUGCUGCGCUCGUUUCCGCUGCGGCGAGCUCAUCGCUGAGGGCCAGUGGCACCACCUGGUGCUGGUCAUGAGCAAAGGCAUGCUGAAGAACAGCAUGGCCACACUGUACAUCGACGGACAACUGAUCAGCACCGUCAAGCUUCACUACAUCCACAGUGCACCGGGCGGCUCCGGAUCCACCAACCCUCCCGUGGUGAGCACGGUGUACGGGUACGUCGGGACGCCGCCGGCUCAGCGCCAGCUCUCCACCCUGGUGUGGCGUCUGGGACCCAGCCACUUCCUGGAGGAGGUCCUGCCUGCCACCAGCGUCGCCGCCAUCUAUGAACUGGGACCCAACUAUGUGGGAAGCUUCCAGGCUGUAUACCUGCCCUGUAAAGACUCCAAGACAGAGGUUGCCCCUCCCUCCGCAGUGGCUUUGGUACCAGAGGAGAAGGUGUCGUUCAGCCUCUACGCUCUCUCUGUCUCUACUCUCACCGUGGCCAAGAUCAGAAAAGUCUACAACAAACUGGAUAGCAAGGCCAUCGCCAAACAGCUCGCUGUGUCCUCUCAUGAAAACGCAACACCGGUCAAGUUGAUCCAUAACGCUGCCGGCCACCUCAACGGGCCGGCUCGCACCAUCGGAGCCGCCGUCAUCGGAUAUUUAGGUGUGCGCGCCUUCGUGUCCAAGCCCGUGGCCACCAACCUGCAGUAUGUGGGCGGGGCGGCGGCCAUCUUGGGGUUGGUCGCCAUGGCGUCAGACGUGGAAGGGCUGUACGCGGCCGUCAAAGCGUUGGUGUGCGUUGUGAAGAGCAACCCGCUGGCCAGUAAGGAGAUGGAGCGCAUCAAAGGCUACCAGUUAUUGGCGAUGCUGCUGAAGAAGAAGCGCUCGCUGCUCAACAGUCACAUCCUCCAUCUCACCUUCUCCCUGGUGGGAACGGUCGACAGCGGCCACGAGACCUCCAUCAUCCCCAACUCCACCGCCUUUCAAGACCUGCUCUGUGACUUCGAGGUCUGGCUCCACGCUCCCUACGAGCUCCAUCUGUCUCUGUUUGAGCAUUUCAUCGAAUUGCUGACAGAGUCCAGUGAGGCAGCUAAAAAUGCGAAGCUGCUGAGGGAGUUUCAGCUGAUCCCCAGACUGCUGCUGACGUUGAGGGACACGUCGCUGUCGCAGCCCACCGUAGCCGCCAUCAGCAACGUGCUCAGUCUGCUGCUGCAGGGCUUCCCCAACCCGUAUGACCUGCUGCGGUUCGGCCAGUUCAUCUCCUCUACUCUCCCCACAUUUGCUGUAUGUGAGAAGUUUGUCGUCAUGGAAAUCAAUAAUGAGGAGAAGAUCGAUGGAGGUAAUGACGAUGAUUUCGGCGGCCUGUUGUCAGCCAACCUGAUUCUGCUGAGAAACCAACUGCUGGAAAACCUACUCAGACUGCUCUUCACCACCAAAGAGAAAUGCACCGUCAAUGCACAGGCGUGCGAAGAGAUGGUGCGGACGCUUGGCUUCGAUUGGCUGUUGAUGUUCAUGGAAGAGCAUCUCCACUCGAGGACGGUGACGGCGGCUCUGCGGAUCCUCGUGGUGCUGCUCUCCAACCAGUCCACCCUCAACCGCUUCAAAGAGGGCCUGUGCGGAGGAGGCUGGCUGGACCACACCGACUCCGUCCUGACCAACAAGAUCGGCACGGUGCUGGGCUUCAACGUGGGCCGCAGUGCCGGCGGGCGCUCCACGUUGCGGGAGAUCAACCGGGACGCCUGCCAUUUCCCGGGGUUCCCUGUGAUGCAGACGCUGCUGCCCAAACACACCAACGUGCCGCAGCUCUACUUCCUGCUCAUGGCGCUCUUCCUGCAGCAGCCUGUCAUCGAUCUGCCUGACAGCCUGCAGGUACAUUUCGACCUGGACUCCAUCUGGACGUUUAUCUUCGGCAUACCGGCCUCCAGCGGGACGGUGGUGGGCUCCAUCCACAGCGUGUGCACCGACGCUGCCUUCCUGCUGCUGGCCAUGCUGCGCAGCAUGCUCAACCUGCCUUGGCAGUCGGAGGAGGAAGGUUCCUGGCUCAGGGAGUACCCGGUCACACUUAUGCAGUUCUUCAGGUAUCUUUACCACAACGUGCCCGACCUGGCACCGAUGUGGCACAGUCCAGAGUUCCUCUGCGCCCUGGCAGCGUCUGUCUUCCCCUUCAAUAUCAGGCCAUACUCUGAGAUGGUCACUGAUUUGGACGACGAAGCGGGUUCUCCCACCGAGGAGUUCAAGGCUUUCGCCGGGGACUCGGGUAUGAACCGCAGCCAGUCCGAAUACUGUAACGUUGGCUCCAAGACGUCCCUGACCAACCACCCGGCCAAAAAGUACGUCUUUGACUUCAUGAGAGUCCUGAUCAUGGACAACCUGUGCAUGACCCCAGCCAGCAAGCAGACGCCCAUCAUCGACCUGCUGCUGGAGGCCUCCCCAGAGCGCUCCACCAGAACUCAGCAGAAGGAGUUUCAGUCCAACAUCCUGGAUGGCGUCAUGGAGCAUCUGCUGGCUGCUGAUGUCCUGCUAGGUGAAGACGCCUCUCUGCCGCUCAGCAGCGGAGGCAGCUACCAGAUCCUGGUCAACAACGUCUUCUACUUCACUCAGCGGGUGGUGGACAAGCUGUGGCAGGGUAUGUUCAACAAGGACUCCAAGCUGGUGGUGGACUUCAUCGUGCAGCUCAUAGGACAGUCUAAGAGGCGUUCACAGGGACUUUCUCUCGACACCAUCUACCACUGUCUGAACCGGACGGUGCUCUACCAGCUCUGUCGACCCCACAAGACGGUGGCUCAGCAGGUGGCCUUGCUGGACGCCCUGCGGGUCCUGACUGUCAACCGUAACCUGGUGCUCGGGCCGGGCAACCACGACCAGGACUUCGUGGCCUGCCUGGCUCACUGCUUCAUCUGCCUGCACAGCGGGAGUAGCGUAGAAGGAUUCGGUCUGGAGGCGGAGGCCAGGAUGACAACCUGGCAUGUCAUGAUGCCCACGGAGAACGAAUCCGACUCCACACACAGCCACGACGUCAGCGAGGGGCGGCAGCUGCUGCUGAAAGCGGUGAACCGCGUGUGGACGGAGCUGAUGCACAGCAAACGCCAGAUGCUGGAGGACAUCUUCAAAGUGUCCCUUCCCUGCAACGACAGAGGACAUGUGGACAUCGCCACUGCCCGGCCCGCCCUGGAGGAGCCGGCCCUCAAGAGCUGGCAGAACCACCUGGUUCAUGAGAAGAAGUGUAUCAGUCGGGGCGAGGCGGUGGCACCAGCGACCCAGUCCAAACUGUCCAGGGUCAGCAGCGGCUUCGGUCUCUCCAAGCUUACGGGCGUCCGCCGCAACAAGAAGGAGAACAGCCUGAACAAGAACAGCCUCUCUGCUCAGGAGACUUUCCAGUGGAUGUUCACACACAUCGCUGUCGUCCGAGACCUGGUAGCCAUGCAGUAUAAAGAAUAUCAAGAGCGGCAGCAGAACGCCCUCAAGUACGUGACUGAGGAGUGGGCGUCCAUCGAGUACGAGCUGCUGAGAGAACGAGGCCUCUGGGGGCCCCCCAUCGGCUCCCACCUGGACAAGUUUGUGCUGGAGAUGACGGAGGGGCCCUGCAGGAUGAGGAAGAAGAUGGUCCGCAAUGACAUGUUUUACAUCCACUACCCGUACAUCCCUGAGAUGGAGACUAACACCAACUCUGCACAGAAGCCUCUGCGUUACCGGCGCGCCAUCAGCUACGACAGCAAGGAGUACUACAUGCGUCUGCUGUCUGGAAACCCCGGCAUGUACCAGCACUCUGUGGAGCACACCACAGAGGGGGAAACCACACAGCAUGAGCCCGAGCACGGAGAGGACACCAUCGCAAGAGUCAAAGGCCUGGUGAAGGCUCCUCUGAAGAGGUCUCGGUCCACAGCGGACGGGGCGGACGAGGACAGUCAGGAGCAGCUCCAGGAGCAGCUGCUGGAGUCGGGAGGACCAGAGGAGGAGCAGAGGACAGACAACACAUCACUGCUGCGCCUCCUGGAGGAGGGAGAGAAGAUUCAGCACAUGUACCGCUGCGCCAGGGUGCAGGGCCUGGACACCAGCGAGGGUCUGCUGCUGUUCGGGAAGGAGCACUUCUACGUCAUCGACGGCUACACCAUGACCGUCUCCAGGGAGAUCAGGGACAUCGAUACGCUGCCCUCCAAUUUGCAUGAGGCCAUCAUCCCCAGAGGAGCAAGACAAGGUCAGAGCCAGCUGAAGAGAACCUGCAGCAUCUUCGCCUACGAAGACAUCAAGGAAGUGCACAAGAGACGCUACCUGCUGCAGCCCAUGGCAGUGGAGGUCUUCUCAGCAGACGGGAGGAACUACUUGUUGGCCUUCCAGAAAGGAGUCCGCAACAAAGUUUACCAAAGGUUCUUAGCAGUGGUGCCUUCACUGGCUGACAGCUCAGAGUCCGUCUCAGGCCAGAGGCCCAACACCAGCGUCGAACAAGGAUCUGGACUCCUCAGCACGCUGGUUGGUGAGAAGUCAGUCACUCAGAGAUGGGAGCGAGGAGAGAUCAGUAACUUCCAGUACCUGAUGCAUCUGAACACGUUGGCGGGACGCUCCUACAACGACUUGAUGCAGUACCCCGUCUUUCCCUGGAUCCUGGCCGACUUUGACUCAGAGGAGCUGGACCUGAACAACCCCAAGACGUUUCGUAACCUCGCCAAACCAAUGGGAGCUCAGACUGACGACAGACUAACCCAGUACAAGAAGAGGUACAAGGACUGGGAGGACCCCAAUGGUGAAACCCCGGCCUACCAUUACGGCACCCACUACUCAUCAGCCAUGAUAGUAGCUUCUUAUCUGGUCCGGAUGGAGCCCUUCACACAGAUUUUCCUCAGACUUCAGGGAGGUCAUUUUGACCUGGCUGACAGGAUGUUCCACAGUGUGCGUGAAGCCUGGCUCUCCGCCUCCAAGCACAACAUGGCAGAUGUCAAAGAGCUCAUCCCCGAGUUCUUCUAUCUGCCAGAAUUCUUGCUCAACUCCAACAACUUCGACCUGGGUGCCAAGCAGAACGGCACAAAGCUGGGUGAUGUGAUCCUGCCUCCUUGGGCCAAGGGUGACCCCCGGGAGUUCAUCAGAGUCCACAGAGAGGCGCUGGAGUGCGACUACGUAUCAGCCCACCUACACGAAUGGAUUGACUUGAUUUUUGGCUACAAGCAGCAGGGUCCGCCGGCCGUGGAGGCAGUCAACGUCUUCCACCACCUGUUCUACGAGGGUCAGGUGGACAUCUACAACAUCAACGACCCGCUCAAGGAGACAGCCACCAUCGGCUUCAUCAACAACUUCGGACAGAUCCCCAAACAGCUGUUUAAGAAGCCCCACCCUCCCAAACGGGUACGCAGUAAAGCUAACGGCGACAUCGCGUGCGUUCCUCCGAGCUCCAACAGCGACAAGAUCUUCUUCCAUCAUCUGGACAAUCUCAGACCUUCUCUUGCACCUGUCAAAGAGCUGAAGGAGCCUGUGGGCCAGAUCGUUUGCACCGACAAGGGCAUCCUCGCUGUAGAGCAAAACAAAGUUCUGGUUCCCCCGACUUGGAGUAAGACCUUCGCCUGGGGCUACGCCGAUCUCAGCUGCCGUCUGGCUAAUUAUGAAUCUGAUAAGGCGUUGGUGGUGUAUGAAUGUCUGUCAGAGUGGGGUCAGAUCCUCUGUGCCAUCUGUCCCAACCUGAAACUGGUUAUCACUGGUGGCACCAGCACCGCCAUCUGCGUGUGGGAGACAGGAACCUCCAAGGAGAGGGCCAAGUCUCUCACCCUCAAACAGGCAUUACUGGGCCACACAGACGCUGUAACGUGUCUGACGGCGUCGUCAGCGUACCACAUCGUCGUCAGCGGCUCGCGGGAUCGAACCUGCAUCAUCUGGGACCUCAACAAGCUUUCCUUCGUCACGCAGCUCAGGGGACACCGGGCACCCGUCUCUGCUCUGUGUAUCAAUGAACUGACGGGGGAUAUCGUGUCCUGCGCAGGCACCUACAUCCAUGUUUGGAGCAUUAACGGCAGCCCGAUCGCCAGCGCCAACACCUUCACAGGCCGCAGCCAGCAGAUCCUGUGCUGCUGCGUGUCGGAGAUGAACGAGUGGGACACGCAGAACGUCAUCGUCACGGGACACUCCGACGGUGUCGUCAGGUUCUGGAGAAUGGAGUUCCUCCAAGUCCCAGAAACCCCUGCUCCAGAGCCGGUAGAACCAGAUGUGCCUGACUGCUGUGGUGAAGAGAAGAUCGAGGGCGGUGAGAGUCACAACAGCGGUGGUGGUGGUGACGACGACAGCAGCGAAUCGGAAGGAGACGAACCCAGUCUCAGCCAGGAGCCCAAAGCACCACGUAACCCGUCUACCGGUGGAAGCAGCCAGCCGGGCAGCGCUGUCCACAGACCCAGAGGUCCUUCAGCCAGAACGGGAGCCUCUUGGUCAAUGGACAGCGGCUCUGACGACUCUCACCGCUGGUCAGACACCCUCAGCAUCGACGAGAAGGACGGCUUUGUGUUUGUCAACUACUCUGAGGGCCAAACCAAGGGCCCUCACCCUCAUCCAGCUCACCCAGGCCAGGGCGCAGUGCCUCAGCCUCUCCAGCCCUCCAUCAUGGAGGCACGGACGUAUAACCAGCUCAGGGCAGGCUACAGAUGGGAACGCCAGCUGGUCUUCCGGAGCAAACUUACCAUGCACACGGCGUUUGAUCGCAAGGACAAUGCUCACCCAGCCGAGAUCACCUCGCUCGCCAUCUCCAAGGACCACAGUAAGAUCCUGGUAGGCGAUGGACGCGGUCGAGUCUUCAGCUGGUCAGUCAGCGACCAGCCGGGCCGUUCGGCAGCCGACCACUGGGUGAAGGACGAGGUGGUGGACAGCUGCUCAGGCUGCACGGUUCGCUUCUCCCUCACUGAGCGACGCCACCACUGCAGGAACUGUGGGCAGCUCUUCUGCCAGAAGUGCAGUCGCUUCCAAUCAGAGAUCAAAAGGCUGAAGAUCUCGUCACCGGUGAGAGUUUGUCAGAACUGUUACUACAACCUGCAACACGAGCGAAGUGCUGAGGACAGCAGCCGAAACUGAGCUCCUCCGACAAAAAGAAACACCUCCUGAGGACUUGAGGACCUGAGGAGCUUUUCAUUCCUCCAUCUGCCUUGUUCUACCCUCUACUCCUCUCACAUAUCCCAAAACAAAACCCUCUUUAUCCUCCUGUACGUCCAGUAACCACAUGUACUGUAACACACUGACAGACUGUAAUCCGGAGGGAAAACGUCGUCUUAUUCAUCACCACAGCGGUAAAGUUCAGUGAAGGAGGCGGGAAAAAAUGAGCUUGAAAGAAAACAGGGGGGGAAAAAAAAACAACAAAACUCAAUCACCACUUUUACCACCUGCACUCAUCACCUGACUGGAGGAGAACAAAAGCAAAAGCACCCCUGAUGCUGCGGCAUGUUUGAAUCAAAUCACUCGCCAUUUUUGCUUUUGAGGUCAAGAACAGGGAAAAAAAACUCCUCAAGACAUAACAAACUUGUUUAUAUUGUAAAUAUUUACCAUGGCCUUUUUAACUCUAAGAGGAACAAACACAGAACAAAAAAUAAGGUCAAUGAUUGAAAAAAAAAAAAUAGAAAAUUGCCUGUAACAUAGCGUUGUGACUAACCACUCCUGGCUUUAAAAAAAAAACAAAACAAAAUUGAUUGUGUGUAGUCUGCGUCACGAGUCACGGCGAGUCCAGAGGAAUAACACGGAGGGGAGGGAGGGAUAUGAAUGUCAAUAAUAAUGUCUGUGGAUUGACUUUACUAGUGGAUCUAGUUAUGCAAAAUUACUUAUUUUCUUUAUAAUUUCCCGAUGAUUUUUUUUUUGUUGUUGUUGUUGUUGUUUACCAAGGUGAUUUAUUUUGAGUGUGUUGCCCACAGUGUCAAGCCAUUACCAUCAUAGAGAUUUAUUGUCAUAUUACGUUUUCCCUUUUUUUUUUUUUUGCCAAAUUAUUUUAUUAAGUAUGAUAUUUUUUAUCAUUUAUUUUGUCCUUUAUAUGAAUUCCCAUUUGGAGAAUUUUUGUUGUUGCUGCUUUCUGAAGACUGGACACAUUAUCAUUUCAGAUUUUAUUUUUUAUUUUUAAAAUCAUAUCACUCCCUUUAUUCUUGAGAUUUUUCUGUGUUUUCCUAUUUGUUUGUCUUGGACAGAAAACAUCAUAGGGUUCAUUGUCUGUGAAAAAAAAAAAAAUCAUAUGAAUUAGGCUAAAAAACUACGCACAUUUCUUUCCAUCAUGUCUUUUCCAUGUAGCCUUGUUCCAUUACUGUACAGCGUCAGAGCAGCUUUUUGAAUGCACACAAAAAGGGACUUCUCGUAUAUAUUGUAGUUUUUAUUUUUUUUUGAGUCGGUUUCUAUUCAGAUUUGUCGUUUGCUGACAUUUACUCCAACCCUGUGGCAUUAUUACAGCAGAUCAGCACACGAGGCACUCUACCCACUUUAUCCUCAGUCUUUGUUGAAGAUGUUAAACUGCAGGAACAGCAGCCGGGCACCUUUUUUUUUAAAGAGAGCUUGGAAUUUGGAGGACAUGUAAAUAUAUCAUUUAACAUGAAAUUAUGUUAAACAGGAUGACAUCCAGAUUCAGAUUUUAGACACCAGGGGACAGAACUACUGCUUUCCCUUUGUUUUUAUUAAUGUUGCAGUUGUGGUACAAAUGCAGGAUUUAAUGUUCAGAGAUUUUAAGAGAAAAUAAUAAUGUGCUACAAUAAAUUAAAAAAAAGAUUGUAGUAGUACAUCCGCAGUAUGAUUUUACAUUUGAUCCGUUUUUUACUUGGCAGUCUCUGAACCUGGUUUCAGGAUAAAAUGUCUUUUGAGGUGACAAAAGUGACGCAAGACCAACCUCGUAAUCUUCUUACGUUUAAAGAACCCAAGGUGUGAGAUUUAGUGGCAUCUAGCAGUGAAGUUGCAGAUCGCAACCAAGAGCAAUCCGUUCUGGGCUACUGUAGAAACAUGGCGGUGCAACAUGGCGGGCUCGGUGGAAGAGGAACCCCUUCUGUAGAUAUAAAGGGCUCAUUCUAAGCUAAUGAAAACACAACGAUUUUUAAUAUCAGGUGAUAAUACACUAAUUAACACGUACUUAUGAAUAUUCCGUUUCUGCCAAGUCCGCUCCGCAAGAUGCCUCUAAAAUCAACGCACUGCACCUUUAACUCAAGUGCAAAACACUCAUAUCAGUUGCUCUUUUCUAGCUCUUUUGUCCUAAACAGACAAAUUAAGCUAACUUGGAUCUCCAUGAACUAAUUAAAUGCAUUAAUGUUGUCAAGAAGUUUCAAAUUAAUUCACCACUUGCUGAGUUUACUUGAUUUUAAGAGUAAAUGUACUGUAAUACUCUAUAUUAAAGCUGAAAGUCUCAGAAAAAAAUAGUCCAAUGUUAGCAAGUCAUGACCUUCAGACAAAAUCUAUGAGGUGUUAUUUGUGCCAAAAAUACAACUUUAUAAAUGUUUACUAUUGUGGCUAAUGGUUUAGGCUGUUGUCUCUUGUUAUUGUCGCUUUAUAUUCUCCGUUUUGUUGCGUCAAUAUCCGUUUUAGUACUGUACAAGGCAAAUACAUAGGCCAAGAAAAAAGCAAAAAAUGACAAGACAUGACAAGAUGUAUUGUCGUCAUUAUUUAGUCAACUUAAGUGAUGAGUAACUAAAAGCAACACAAAUCAUGAAAGACAAGAUACAGAGUGAUGAUUUUAAAGAAAAAUGUAAAAAAACAGACAUUUUAAAAUUUCAAAUUAUUCUGGUGGUAUGCAUUUUUGCAAAAAUGUCUUUCUGUUGUGUCUUUUUUUAUCUACUUUCACUAAGAGUCGCCAAAGUCAGAAAAAUAUAAAAUAUGAAAUCCAACUUACAGCCUCUGUUGCGACAGAGCUCAACUCCAGUGACGAAUGUCAAUGAGACAAUGUGAAAAUGCAAAAGUAAAAAAUGCAAAAUUAAAAAAAAAAAAAAAAACAAUAGAUAAAAAAAAAAAAUGGCACAAAUUGAACCUCUCGCAGGGCUGCGAAGGUGAGGCGGUUUUAUCAGAGAGGUUUUAAUAUGUUUUUCUGUUGUAAAUUACACAAUUUAACAUUAUUUAAUGUGAAUUACACAAAAUUUUUCCGUGUAUUGAAGUCAGUAAUUUGUCACCACAAAAUACAUUUUUACUCCGUUGGAUGUGGCUGCUGCUGCUGCUGCUGCUUGGUUCAGUAGUUAACACAAAAGAAAGUUCAGUUUAUGCUUUCUUUCAUUUGUCACUCCCCUUCUCUCUCUUCAUACAUGUAUUUGUUGUUUUAUUCGUGGUUCUGUGGGCAACAACUGUGCAUUCAAGUGCUGCUUUUUUUUUCUUCUUUCCCUCAAACAAAUUUUUGUUUCCCCACUUGUCUUCACAGAGUCUCAAACAUGUAAAGAAAACACUUUUCAGAGAGUACUUUAAUAUUCACCUCCACAGCUCCCUGGCGUUAAAAUAAUAUGCACUCUUGUUAUUGUCGUCCUUAUAUCAUUCUGCAUUCAUGUACUGUAAUUUUAGCGUGCAAUCAUGCCAUCUAGCUGAAGUCGGCUUUUAUCAAUCAAGAGUUCCUUUGCACCUUCACGUGUACAAAACAAAACAAAAAAAAAAUGUCAAGAGGAAUCACAAGUUUUUAUUGAAUGCAGUUUUUAUGUUUGUCAUUUUAACAGAAAGAAAGGUGCAUUUCACAGCGGAUAAAUGAACUGUACAAAGUAUUUAUGCAAUUACAACAGGUUUUAGAUUUUUUUAAUGAUUAUUGCGAUUUCAGCAAGUUUUGUUACUUGUUGCAUGUCUAUUAACACAGCUGACUUUCUGUGUCAGUGCAUUGUACAUGUUCUUGGCAUUAUAUUAUCGUUUUUUGUUUUUUUUUGUUUUUUUUGUUGGUUUUAUUCUUUUUUGGGUUUUUUUUUGGAGGCACUGUCUGAUGAGUUGUCCCGACCGACUGACAGGUUUGUGUACAGAUCCAGAGAUUGUGUCCCCAACUCUGGGUGGACUUUUGUAUUCUUUAUGGAAAAAAAUUAAGGACUAAUGAGAGAAGAAGAAGGAAAAAAAAAGAGAAAUCCUGGAUUAUUUUGGUGGUCUUGUAUUAGACUGCAUUACUACAGUAUCUGGUGUGCAAUCUGUGAUAGCUGAAUGUUUCUUGUAUAUUUGUGUUCACUACAUCCUACAAGAGAAAAAAAAUCAGUAGAGUAACCCCCGCCACCCUUACAAAAACGAAAUGUUACAAUAAUGCAAUAGAUCUGGUACUUAUUCUUUUUAAUUUCAUUUCAAUAAAUAAUUGCUGUUUACCACCGAAAA